AUGAAAAGUCAAUCUAUGAAUAUUUAUUCAAAUACCAUCAUCAUUCUAAAAGCAACAAUCAAAAUGCCAAUGCAUGUCGAUUUAAAUGAACAUGUACUAAAGUAUUAUGGAGUUGUAAAGAAUCAGUUUGGUCAAGAAUCAAUGGUAUUGGUGUUGACGCCGUGUGUCACAUUAGGACUGGCAUUGGUCUCGACUCCAAUGUCGUCGUUGACAAAGACAUUCAUUUGUGUUGGUAUACCAAUCUUGCUGGUAGUUACUUAUAUAAAUGAUAACAUUACAGUUUGGAAUGUUGGAGACAUUAGAUAG